UCACCAGUCAGUAACAUCAACACGUGCGCGGCCACAUUUUUUCAUUCUCCACACGACAAGGCGGCGGAGAACCUCUCUACUCGUCGGCCAUGCUCGCACCGUUUGCUCAAUGGUGGACUAGCGAUCUAGCGCAAGAAAUCCACGAAAAUCUACGCGGAAGAGAAGGAAAUCAUGAGAUGACGUCACUCGUUCAAUGGCCAAUUCUCUCAUCGAGCCGGCAGCGGCAACGACGACGUCUCGUCGACAAGAUGGUGAACAUAUGUGAGAGAGCAGACCUACUAGAGCGCACCGUCCACUCGGCCGUUCUCUACAUCGACAAAUUCAUUGCCAUCACAAAUCUACAAGACACGCACGUUCACUUGGCUGCCCUGGCGGCCAUUCUAGUCGCAGCCAAGUAUCAUGAACGUGAGGAGAACAUUCCGGCGAUCGCCGUUCUCAACACUAUCUCUGCCCAGCACUUCUCCGCCUCUCAUGUACAGAGUAUGGAACUCAUUCUGCUCGACUGCCUCGAGUGGAAUCUGGGAGAGCCGACCAUCAUGUCGUUCAUUGAAUAUUAUAUGAUCCAGACGGUACAUCCCGAUGAUUACCACUGCGAUCAACCACUGGGUAACGUUGACAAAGCCAGGAAAUAUGUCAAAAAGUAUGCUCAGUAUUUUCUCCAGAUAUGCUUACAAGAAUACGAACUUCGAAUGUAUGUCCCAUCUUGCACUGCAGCUGCUGUCAUAGCAGCUAUCCGUUCGUGCCUAUGUCUGGCCCCUACAUGGCCCAAACGACUUGAAACCACUACUGGUUAUCAGACUCCUCAAAUAGCUCAUUGUGUGCACAAAAUGUUGCUGAUACACGAUGAGGACAGACAAGCGACAGAAAAGGAGAAAAUUUUGACUGCCUCUAAAGCGACUACGAUGACAACGACUGCAGAGACAGUUGCAGCAAUGCUGACUUGUAUUACAGCAGUGCAAGCUAGUUAAGUCCCAUUGUGCUAUGCGAAUAUUGCAAAUACUUAAUAGUAUUGCUGUACAUUGUGUUUACAUAUUUAUAAAGUAAUGAAAGAUAAAAUAUUAUC